UAUUCACAGAAAAAAAAAAAACAGCUGUUGUUGAAAAAGAAAACAGCGAAGAGAGUUUCAUUGACGGAUGUCUUGGCUUUAUCUUUUCGCACACAUAAGUAAAAAUGCAUGCCCCAAAGAGAGGGUCAUCUCCUGAUGAUUCUCAUCGCAAGAUAAGGAAGUUGGAUCAGGAUGAGGAUGACAUGCAAUCCACAACUGCACCAGCUACAAAUAAUACAGCAGCAAACUCACGGAAUAUACCAGCCAAGUCAUCAAUACAGAGUUCCCCUCCAAAAGAUUCCAGCAAAACCAUUUCUGAACCUCCUCUCAAAGAAUCCAAGCUCCUAAAAGCCACAAGUGCCUCCUGCGGAGAAGCUCCCUCACAGAAAGCGAACUCCAAUGCUUCCCUGAAGCGAACAGCCUCCACUGAGUCUGAGGAUGAAUUAAGUAGUGAUGGUAGUGAGACUGACCCUUUCAGAGAGAGGCAUGAUGGCGACAAGGCACGCUGCAUCAGAAAAUAUUCUAAUCGAGUCAAAGCGAAGCGCAAAGCUGAAGAGCCAACGUCUGACCCACAGGAGACAGGCCAAGGGUCACCGUCUGCACCUGAAGGCCCCGUUCAGAUGGACCACAAUUAUGGUAGAUUUUCAGAUUCAAGUAUGGGAGAGCUUGAUAUGGAUGAGAAAAAAGAAUCAGCACACUCUGUCACUGAACUACAGGUCCAAGUAAUGUCAGUUAAUGCAACACAAGCAGAGUCAAAAGACACUUUAGUCGCUGCAAGCAGAAGUGUAAAGGCUAGCAUUGAAUUUGAGUGCCCAGACGAUCAAAUCAAACGUGAGGAAUUGAAAAAUGUAGAAGGCCAAAAGCUCGAUGAUAAUAAAACCCCAACAUCAUGUAUAGAGAGCUUAGACUCUGUCACUGCAACAGCUGAAGGGUCGCCUUGCAUCACAUCUGAGGCAGAAGGAAAGGAAAGGAAAGACAUCAAUAACCAAAAGUGUGUGGAUAAUGAAACAGUUGCACCUGCAGUGGAAACAUUGUAUAGUACUGGAGAGGCAAAUCCAGGCUGUGAAGUGGAAAUACAGUUAGAGGAGAGCAUGAACUCAUUUCCUGAAAGUCAUACAGUUAACAUCAGUGAAACUGAAACUAAGGACACCACAGAGUCUGUUUCAAAGGAGACAUUGGAUGUAAAAUGUAAAAGUGAGGGUGAAGGGCAGGAAGCCAAUGUCUCCGCAGACCACAUUGAUGUAGCAGAUAAAGCGUUAUCAAAUGAAACAAACAUGGAAGGAGGUGUUAAUCCUGAGAGUCAGACUAAUAAGAAAUUAACAACAGAGCCCACUGGCAAUCCAGACACUCAAACAGACCUCAGUGUCAAAAUUCAAGUUACUUUCAAAGAGGAAUCUAACAUCAUUCAUCAAGUGAGCCAUGAAGUGCCAGACGUAAUUACCAACUCGUGUGAGGAUGUGGACAAACUAGUACGAAAGUCGGAGGAAAAACGUAAGGAAAGUGAUCGGAAAGGAGUCGAGUUCCUGUCGACUCAGACUGUUGCUGUUUCUGGGUCCUUUGCUGAAGUACAAGUGAUGGAAAAGACGACUGACAGCUGUACAGAAAUACUGACAUCAAAUUGUGAGGCUGUUCCUGAGCAAAAUCAAAACAAGGUGCUCUCUGAGUGUGUCACAGACUUGAAGGGGCAUAUUGACACGGACCUGGAGACCAAAAUGACAGAGGACAGGGAUAAAUCAGCGCCUAAGGAGGAUACACUAAACGGGGGGAACCACAUAGGAAAUGACAAUACUACGCAAAUACCAGCUGUAGUCGAAGAAGUUGCAGAGACGAGGAUAGAAAAAGAGAACAACUUUGAGGAAAUUUCCAAUGAAGCCGCCACAAUGGAAAUACAAUUCCAGAAGAGGCAGGAAGUAAGUGAACACACUGCAGACAUAUCUACAGAAUUGAAUAAGGAUUGUGUUUCAAAUUCUAAAAUAAUGGAAAAUGACGACAACCAGGACUUUGAACGCACUAGUGGACCUGAGAGACAGACUACAACGGCAUCACAGAUUCUUAAUCCUCCAUCUUCAGUGGAAGUACAAAUCCAGGAGAGGCCAAGAGACGACGAACCCAUUGCAGAAAUGUCUGAUAAAACACAGAAACAUCCAGUUGCAAAUUGCCAGAAAGCUGAAGGCAGGGUUGAUGCUGAAGCUGUAGCUGCUGCUGAGAAUCUGAAUAGAAUAGAGGUGGAUAUGCAGACGACAACAGCAUCAGAAGAGAUGUCUAACAUUGCACCUACAGUGGAUAUGCAGAAGACAACAGCAUCAGAAGAGACGUCUAACAUUGCACCUACAGUGGAUAUGCAGAAGACAACAGCAUCAGAAGAGACGUCUAACAUUGCACCUACAGUGGAUAUGCAGAAGACAACAGCAUCAGAAGAGACGUCUAACAUUGCACCUACAGUGGAUAUGCAGAAGACAACAGCAUCAGAAGAGACGUCUAACAUUGCACUUACAGUGGGUAUGCAGACGACAACAGCAUCAGAAGAGACGUCUAACAUUGCACCUACAGUGGGUAUGCAGACGACAACAGCAUCAGAAGAGACGUCUAACAUUGCACCUACAGUGGAUAUGCAGAAGACAACAGCAUCAGAAGAGACGUCUAACAUUGCACCUACAGUGGAUAUGCAGAAGACAACAGCAUCAGAAGAGACGUCUAACAUUGCACUUACAGUGGGUAUGCAGACAACAGCAUCAGAAGAGACGUCUAACAUUGCACCUACAGUGGAUAUUCAGACGACAACAGCAUCAGAAGAGACGUCUAACAUUGCACUUACAGUGGGUAUGCAGACAACAGCAUCAGAAGAGACGUCUAACAUUGCACCUACAGUGGAUAUUCAGACGACAACAGCAUCAGAAGAGACGUCUAACAUUGCACCUACAGUGGAUAUGCAGACAACAACAGCAUCAGAAGAGACGUCUAACAUUGCACUUACAGUGGAUAUGCAGACGACAACAGCAUCAGAAGAGACGUCUAACAUUGCACCUACAGUGGAUAUGCAAAGCCAGGAAGUCACUCAACUCACCACAGACAUGUGUGCUGAACUGCAUGAGGAUCAAAAGGCUGAACAUAUGGAAAAUCCAGCUCCUGUAGUUGAAAGCAUAAUAGAAGUGGACAUGCAGACUACAUCAUCUGAGGAGAUAAUUGACAAAGCACAUGCACUGGAAAUACAAAGUCAAAAUGAAGUAAAUAUCAAGACUGCAGCAACAUCAAUGGAGAUUUCUAACAUAGCAGAAACACAAGCCCAGGUAUGCCAAGCAGUCUUUGAACCUGAAACAGACAGCUCUCAAAAAGGUCUUCAGAUUCAGACUCCUGAGAGGAAUGGAAAUGAAAACAAGGUUACCACAGUGUGUGUCAGUGCAACAGAGAAUCAAAGAGAAAUUGAUUUGCAGACCAAAACAACACCAGAGGAGACUUCUGAUCCCACAACUAAAGCAGAAACACAGAAUCAGAGAAGUCAUAAGGUCGAAGAACUCACAACACAGGUCAGCGAUCCUAAAGAUUUUAUUGUGGCAAACACAAGUGAAGAAAACAAGGAUACAGUUAUCACAGUAUGUGUGGAUGCCACUGAUAAUCAUAUAGGAAUGGAUGUGCGACCGACAGCAGCGCCGGAAAUGUCUAAUCAACCCCUUAUAGACGAAAUGCAAAGCAAGGGGAUCCCAGAACUCCACUCCGAAGCUCAAAAUGAUCUAGUGACUGCAAGUUGUGAGAGUGAGGAAAAGGAAAAUGGGGUUAAUGCUGAAUGUGUGGAUGUUACAGACGUUCAAAUAAAUAUGGAAACUACUAAAACACCGGAGGAUAUUUUUGAUGCAGCACCGACCAUGGAGGAGCAAAACCAGAGGACGGGGGAAGUCGAUGAACCCACUAUAGCCUUAUCGAGUGAAACUAACCAACCUCCUCCUUUGCCUGAACGUGAGGAUAAUGCCAACAUGCAGAUACAGCCGAGUGAGAAUAUCCAAGGGAAUAUGGAUGUUGUAGGUUUAUCAACAGAAAGGGUCAGCGAUAUUGAAGGAGAAGGAACUGGAAGCAAUGAAGUCAUAGUGUUUGUUUGUGGGCAACUGGAUGACGCUGAUAUUGUAAUUCCAGCAUCAGACGAGCCAAUUAAUACGGUUAAUCAGGCAGAUGUUGAGAUUCAUGAAAACCAGAUGGUGUAUGAGCCCAUUAGUAGUCCAGAGAGUAAUGAUGACAGGGAGAUUUCCACCGCAUCAGAGAACCACGACGGUGCGUCUUUACUGGACAUUCAGAACACUCGGGAGAUGGAAGGAGAUGUAUCAACUAGUCGAGACAACCGUUGUGGCCAACAACUGGAAAAAGAGGAAGACCUCCAGGAACAAAUGUGUGUCCCAGACAGCCAAGAUGUUGAAGUGGAAGCACAAACCGUCAGAGUGCCAGAGAGUUGUGUCCCUGCACAUUUGGAGGAGAGUAACAUGAAUGUGAAACAAGUCGCAGUGAUCAGCUCCAGCGAUGACAUCAGCAUGCCAGAUGGCCAGUCGGAAGAUGCUACACUACAAAGAGAAAGGAAUGGGUAUGCAGAUUGCGCCAGUGCCACAGAGGUUUCUGAACAGGUGCAGGAGGUUGCAGACGUCACAGUGACGACAACUACAGCCACCACUAAAGUUGAAAUACCAGAUAGUACAUCUGAGGAGUUUUUUAUCUUAGAACCAAUGCAAACGGGUGCGUUUCACUACGACAUUGUCACUCAAGCAGCGGCUGAAUCAGGUUUGUCGGACUCGCUUUCAGAGCAUGUGAAUGCAGACGGUCCUUUGGAAGGCGAUGCGGAGAAUGAAAGGAUUUUAAAUGGUUCCCAACAAGCCGACUUCCUGCUGGCAGAAGUGCACCAAUGUCACACAGCUGAUGAGAUCAUAGUGACCAAUUCAAGUGAGGUUGUAGAUCAGGAGAUGACAGACCAAAGUGUUGAAGUUCUUCAAAAUUCCGACCACAGCAGUCACCCGACCUCUGACUUGAUGGAUGUUAAUACCUCAGAGAUUGAUAUGGCAAACUGCCAUGCUCAAGUCACGAAUGAAGACUGCAAUGCACUGAUAAUAACAAACGCCGAUGCUGAUUUGGAUUUACAAGAAGUGCAGAUUCUACAGGAUAUAGAGAUCGUAGAGAUCGGACGUGAGAUUGUAGUAGUAGAGGAAGAGAGUGAUGCAGAUAGUGACAUCAUAAUAAUAAAAAAACUCCAGGAAACACCUGAGGCAGACCCUCCUAAAAAGUCUGAGGAAAAAGCUAAAGAUGAUACAUGUGGGACCAGCUUGAAGCUAAAUGAAAAGGCUAAAGAUGAUAAAAAGGGACAGGGGGCAGAAAAACCCAAGAAACAAGAAAUGAACACACAGGCCAGAACCAAAGCCCGCCUGGCAGCUCUGGCUGAGCAAAAGGCUGCGGCCUCGAAGAGAACUGCAAACAGACAGCAGCUGAACCUCUUAGCUUUGUGUCACGAAAUUGCGGAGGACAUUGCUACGGACAGCAUGCUGUUAAAGAGGAUAGAAGACGAAAAACUAGCAGCAGCAUCCAAGAGUGAAACGAGCAAGAAGGAAAGUCCACCUGUUAUCAAGCAAGAGGCAAACACUGCUGUUGUUGCAACUCAUGCAGGACCAGAGGAGAGCUCUGCUUCAGUGGCUCCUGCUGAGGAGGCCUCUAAAGCCCAGCCCCCAACUGAGGUAAAGCCUGCUGCAGAGCCCGCCGCGAAGCCCACUCCAGAAGCUCCAAAGAGGCGUUUCUUUGUCACGCAGAUUUCAGUGCCACUGAAAGCCCAUGAGAAGAAGAAGCUAACUAGAUAUCAGAGGCUAAGACAGGUUGAACUGCAGAGAGAGAAAAUGUCUUGGGCACGUGUGAAGAAGCUUAAGUCGGACCAAGCAAAUCAGAUGUUUUCAGACAUGGAUUGGCAAGCACCCAUGUCUGCAUCCUUCCCAUUCUCAGUUCCUCCUGUGACCACAGCUCCUCCUCCACCUGCAGCCGCUCCAUCCCAAUCACCUCUCCCAAGCCCUGUCUCUAACAGCAAGCCUGCAACACCCAAGGCAGAACUCCCUAAAGCUGACCCUCCCAAAGCUGAACCCAGUAAGAUUGAACCCACUAAAAUAGAAACACCCAAAACUGAACCCCCUGAACCUGAAGCUGAAGCCUCCAAAACGGCGACUCCUAACGCUGGAAUUCGUAAAUCUACAAGGCAAACUAAGGCUCUGACUCCUAAAGAAACCCCUUCUCCGGGGCCCACCCCUAAAGUGACCCGAUCAGCAGCAAAGAGGACCCUCCCGGCAGUACCCCCACCCAUGCCUAAUGGAGUUAAAGCUGAAAAACAGAAGCCCGUUGAGUACAAGCCAUACAGGCCUCGGCCAAAGUAUUCCUUUGAUGAUUUUGAACUAGAUGACGACCCGUUGCCAACAAAAAAGCCCGGUCUUCAGUCAAGGCCGACACAGCCGACACGACCGGGUGUCCAGUCCAACCCUGCAGCGCAAUCUAGACCCACUCUUCAGUCGUUACAUCUUGCAAACCAGGCAAGACUCAGAGCUGGACAGAUCCCAGGUCAGUUGAGGCCAGCCGGUUCCACAAAUCCACAGUUAAAGCCUGCCGUUGCAACAACACCCCAGUUAAAGACCACAGCUACUGCCACAGCGACUGCCACAGCGACUGCCACAGCGACUGCCACAGCGACUGCCACAGGUUCUUUAAAACAUCCUUUAGUUAAAGCUCAGUUAAAGCCUCCUCUCAUGACGUCGCCCCAGUCAAAGGCUGUUUCAGCUCCAGGUCAGUCCAGGCCCGCUGCCUCGCCUCAGUUAAAGCCUGCUGGUAGUGGGGGUGCAGCUCAGCUCAAGCAGACAGCAGCAUCUCAGUCUGCAGGUUCAACAACAUCUGAGACAAAGCCAGCUGUUCCUAAGACCAACGUUGGUUCGACGUCCCAGAAAACCACACCGAAGCCGUCAGCAGAAGAUGGCAAAUGCAAGGGUACAGCUAAUCCCACCUCUUCCAUUCCCACUAAAGAUGGCUCUAAAGUGUCUGACACACAGAAGUGUGAAGAAAAGCCUAAAGUGACUGGUGCGGAUCCAUCUCCUGAGAAUAAGGCACAAACAGUCAAGACAGAAGAGAAGACAUCGGGAAAACCUCAAGAGGGAGCAGCAGAGACGAGGGAUGGCAGGACUCCUCUCUCUGACGCAUGCCUGCAAAAAGAAGUCAAGAAGCUAAAGGAGGCUGACAAAGACAGCACCCAGACCAUCAUUGAUGCAGGACAGAAGCAUUUUGGAGCGGUGGCCUGCAGCGUGUGUGGGAUGCUCUACUCUGCUGCCAACCCUGAAGAUGAAUCUCAGCAUCUACUCUUCCACAACCAGUUCGUCAGUGCUGUUAAAUAUGUGGGAUGGAAAAAAGAGAGGAUCCUGGCAGAGUAUCCUGAUGGCAAGAUCAUUCUGGUCCUGCCUGACGAUCCCAAAUAUGCUCUGAAGAAGGUGGAGGAGAUCAGGGAGAUGGUGGACAAUGACCUGGGCUUCCAGCAGGUGGAGACCAAGUGUCCCUCUGUGACCAAGACCUUUCUCUUCAUCUCCCAUGAUAGGAAAGUGUGUGGAUGCCUUAUAGCGGAGCACAUACAAGAGGGAUACAGGGUGAUCGAGGAGCCAGGACCGGAGGGCACCGAGGGAGAAAAGGUGAUGUUUGAGCGUCAGAGAGCGUGGUGCUGCUCCACGACACCGGAGCCGGCCAUCUGUGGUAUCAGCCGCAUCUGGGUGGUGAACAUGAUGAGACGCAAGGGCAUCGCCUCCCGCAUGCUGGAGUGCCUGAGGAACAACUUUGAUUACGGUUCGUACCUGAGCAAAGACGAGAUCGCUUUCUCCGACCCCACACCCGACGGGAAGCUCUUCGCCACACAUUAUUUUUCCACUUCUCAGUUUUUGGUUUAUAACUUUGUGAGUGGAACGCGCUCAUCCCAGCCAAAAACUGACGCAGUAUGACAGUCUCCAGGAAAAGGUAACAAUGGAUUAAACCGAGACGCCCACUGAGCAACGGGACGCAUCAUCGCUAAACAGCGUCUGAUCCAGAUUUGCAAAAUGUAAAAAAACAAACUGUAAAUAACUCCGUGAAGAGGACACACAUUGGUUUAAAUCUCAGGAUGAAAACAACAAGGUGUUGUUAAUCAUUUUUAUUAACUCGCCCUUUAAUCCCUCCCCGAAUGGUAUUUUGAAAAAUGAGAGUAUUUUCUUCAUACAUUUUUAAGUAAACAAUUGGUUUUAUUAGAAGGAUAGAGUUUACAUGCAUGACCUGACAGCAAUAGAAAACAAAGAGCCUUUCAUUGAUGUUUUCCUCUGAAGUCCUGCGAGGUCAAACAGGUGCAUUUUAAAUGUUAUUUUAGAGUUUUGUCCGUAUUAAGUUUAAAUGAUUUUUAAUUGCAUAAUGUAGUGUACUUCAAGGGAUUGUCAUGUCCAUCUCUUCACAGCUCAAAGUGAUGCUGCCGUCGUCUCAGAUUGGGUUUUAAGCAGCAGCGAUCAUGUUACUGGCCGGUUAAAUAUGUAUUUUUGCCACAUCAGUCCCACUGAUUUCACUGUCAUGUUUUUAUUAUAACAUUUCAAAUUGAUCAUCCUAAAGAGAUGUGGGUUGAAGCUGUAGCCAGGGCAUUCAUUGUGUUCUCUAAUUUCCUUAGAUCACCUUUCUUGUUUAGUUUCCCGAGCUGAGCCACAUACUGUACACCGUUUAGCAGGGCAUUGUAGCCUAAAACUGUAUGAGUGAUGUCCUUUCAUUUCACCGAAGCUGUCUAUUGCUUUCUUUGUGCCUGAAUGAAUAAUGUGUCACUUCAAAUUUGUUUUUUUCCUAGCCAUACGUUAUGGCUUUUUAUUGCGUUAAUGUAGAGUAUCAUUCUCCUUUUACCUAAGUAAAAUCGAAUUAAAUGUAUAUCAAAUGAUCAUGUAGAGUUAUGCAUACUAUAACAACAUUAAUAAUGGAUGUGUUAAGGUUCACCCUUUAUGAUUACCAACAGGAACAUUUGCUCAGUGAUCAACAUGAGGGGUUGUAUCUCUUCCUCUCUACACAGAUUUACAGUCUCAUUGUACUCCAUCCCUUCUUUUCUUUUUCCUACUUGUUAAAGCAAUUGCUUUUAGAAAAAUGUGUCGUGGAGAAAAAGAUAUUUGAUUUAUACGAAGCUGUAUGUAAAUAUUUAUUUAAAUAAUAAACGAUUUAAAACAA